GCAUGUGCAGAGUUGGUUUCCCGGCUGCUCGUACCUCAUUUAGGUGGUUUAGUCCAAGGUUGCAACCACUACGCCUGCGCAGCCUCAGUCCCGCCCCUCCGCCGUCGUUCCCGGAAACGCUUUCUUCCUACGCAGCCGCUCCAGCCGCUGCGGUGGCCGGAGCUUUGCCUCUCUAGGCUGGCAGGGCCUCUCCUCCAUGGUCCUGUCUGUCUGCACUGUUUCGGGAGCCAGCCGGUGAGGCCUGGCCACGCUCGGACGCUUAGAUCCUCGAGUCUGUUCCUGGGCAUGGCGGGCCAGUUCCGCAGCUACGUGUGGGACCCGUUGCUGAUCCUGUCGCAGAUCGUCCUCAUGCAGACCGUCUAUUACGGCUCGCUGGGCCUGUGGCUGGCGCUGGUGGACGGGCUAGUUCGAAGCAGCCCCUCGCUGGACCAGAUGUUCGACGCCGAGAUCCUGGGCUUUUCCACCCCUCCAGGCCGGCUCUCCAUGAUGUCCUUCAUCCUCAACGCCCUCACCUGUGCUCUGGGCUUGCUGUACUUCAUCCGGCGAGGGAAGCAGUGUCUGGAUUUCACUGUCACUGUCCAUUUCUUUCACCUCCUGGGCUGCUGGUUCUACAGCUCCCGUUUCCCCUCGGCGCUGACCUGGUGGCUGGUCCAAGCCGUGUGCAUUGCACUCAUGGCUGUCAUCGGGGAGUACCUGUGCAUGCGGACGGAGCUCAAGGAGAUCCCUCUCAACUCAGCCCCUAAAUCCAAUGUCUAGAAUUGGGCCCUUUGGACACCCUGCUGGCACUUGGGCCCCGCAAUACUUUGGUCCAGCCCAGGUCUGAGGGGAACCCUGGAAAUGUGAAGUCUCUGAUGGUGUGGGAGAAGUAGGGCGGACCCGUCAAGAAGGCAGGUAGCAGUCAGGAUCACAACUGCAAGAAUGGCCUGUGUUUGCUGCACCUUGGGGUCUGGGAGGUCAGGAAGGGGACCUCCGUUGAGGGUAAUUACAGAAUUGGAACCAUGCUACUCUUGAGCCACCAUACCUGUCACCAGCCUGUUAUUUUAAAAAAGAAAAAAAAAUCAAGGAUAUCUGAUUGGAGCAAACCACUCUUCUGAUCAUCUGUCUUACCUCUCUGGAACAACUGUUACCUUUGCCAUGUUGCUGAACCAUUCUGUUUGGAGAAACUCUUGGUUUCCGAACCCUUAGCCACAGAAAGAUAUAGAUGAAAAAUAUUAGGUUGCUGUCAGGGAGAGGACGGCAGAUGGAGGCAUCAAGCACAAGGAAAAUGCAUAACCUGUGUCCUGUUACACGCUUGUGUGCGUGCACCCAAGAACCCAUGACUUGCUUCCAGUUCCCACUACUGAAUCCCCACCCUGCUGCCAUCUCUCAGCAUAGCAGGCUGUAGGACCCAGAGAAGAAUCUCAGCAUCGCUCAAGGUCUAAUCCUCAUCAUAGAGACACUGCCUGUUCUCUAGGAGUGAUCAGGCACCCCGCCUCCCAAUCCUUCCUUAUUUAGAAUUCUGUGGUGGGAAGGGUAUGACGGGUGCCCAGAGACAAGAAGCCCAACCUUCCAGCCCGGGCUGCACUGAUUGGGCUGAAGGAGUUAGGAAUUUGCUGCUAAGAUUUUUCUUUGGGUUGUAGUUUGCUCUGUGAGGGGUUUGCAACUAUCCUGUACAUAAACACAGUAUUUUCCACAGUU